CAUUUGACAAUGAAAUAAGAAGUUUUUGUCGGAAUGUUCAAAUUCGGGAUUUUAAGUUUUAAUUGAUCAUUAUAGUAUUUUGUUCAAUUUAACUAUUAAAAAUCCUUGCUAAAGGAUACUUUCAAUAAAAAUUAAAAUUUUCAUUUUAGUGGCUUAUACAAGAAACUCCUACACCCUAACCUCAUAACCUAAAAAUUUCACAUGGCGAAAGUAAGUGUGGCAAAUCCAGUGAAGGCAGCAAUUGCAAAAAAACGUAAACGCAAACCUAAACUCAACAAGAAUAAGUCAAAAAAUAAAAUUACUACAGUCAAACCUUCAGCUGCAUCAGUUGUAAAAGCAUCUUUGGAUUCAUCUGAUGUUGAACCUAAAAUUGAAAAUGAAAUUAAAGUUCCUAGUGAAGAUAAAGUUGAUAAAAAGGUUACACCAAGUCUGUCAACGGAGCAGUUUGGGGAAAGAUUUCCUGUAUUUAAUGAUAAGGAACUCAUCAAAAAGUUCCUCGGUGUCAACAUGACCAAUAAUCAGAAAGGCAGAAUCCGACAGACUCUAAGGGACAGCCUCAAAGGUACUUCAGAUCAGUUACUACCAGAUGUCAUCCACAACCGCGUUCAAGCCAUCGUCAAAGAAACCACCGCACUAACAGAUGCAAAUUUACGAAAAAUACGAAUCCUCUACAACAUGCUCAAAACUACAGUAGAAGCACAACCCACUGAUGCAAAAGAGAAGAAGAAUAAAAAGGGAAAGAAUAAGAAAAAGAAAGAUAAAGGAAACGAAAGUGAAAAGGAAGUGAAAAGUGAAACAGAAGUGAAAGGUAAAAGUGAAGCGGAAGUGAAAAGUGAAACAGAAGUGGAAGUGAAAAGUGAAACAGAAGUGGAAGGGGAAGUAACAGAUGAAGAAAUGGAAGACAGUAAAGAUAUCAUAAAGAAAGAAAAAGAGGACGAUAAAAUGGACACAAAGAUCGUAAAAGAUAAGAAACAAGAUAAAACAAAAGGUCCCAAAAGAUAUGUUGUGUUUGUUGGGAAUUUACCCUUAGACAUUGACAAAGAGAGAAUAACACAACAUUUUAAGGAUUUCAAGGAUCACAUUGUAGAUGUGAGGAUCCCUAAACCGGGGCCAAAUAAAAAGACCUGCAUCGCUUAUGUGGAACUGAAGAAUGAAUUGUGUUAUGAGUUGGCGCUAUCCAAACACCACACUAUGUUGGAAAACAAAAGGAUUAACGUACACUAUACCACACAGAAGAACAGCAAAAUUAGCAAAACUGAGGCAAAGGGCAAAGCGGCGAAACUCGUAGCGUUGCAGAAAUCCGGUAAACUGGCCGGCAGCAUACCCUUGAACAGGAAGCGAAGCCAGCGCCGGAUGAAGGCGAAGCAGGCCAAGGCGAAGCUCGAAGCGGGCGUGUGAAUUUUUUUUUUAAAGUAAUAAUGUUUAUAGUCAUGAUGAUAACUAGCUAGUUUUAACUUUAUUAUUUAAAUAAAAUAUUAAUUAAU